AGACGCGGCCCUUCCUCCCCCCGCCCUGCCGCGGACCGAUGCGCGAGGGGGAGGCGGCGAGCCCCGCCGCGCCGCGCCGGGCCGGGCCGGGCUGGGGGAAGGACCAGAAAGGCGAGGAGGAGCCGCGCUCCGCUCUGCUCAUGUGACCGGCGGCGGCUCCCGCUCGGGGCAGCCCAGAAAUAGCUGUGGUAGCUUUUCCGCUGUCGGGGACUGGGAGCCGGGCCUGGCUCCGGCCGAGGAUGCGAAGCGGCUUCUGCCCGAGCAGAUGAUGGCGAUACGCGAGCUGAAAGUGUGUCUGCUCGGAGAUACUGGAGUUGGGAAAUCUAGUAUAGUUUGUCGAUUUGUCCAGGACCAUUUUGAUCACAAUAUUAGCCCUACUAUUGGUGCAUCCUUCAUGACUAAAACUGUGCCUUGUGGGAAUGAGCUUCACAAAUUUCUCAUCUGGGAUACAGCUGGUCAGGAGCGAUUUCAUUCCUUGGCACCAAUGUACUACCGAGGUUCAGCUGCAGCUGUUAUAGUAUAUGACAUCACCAAACAGGAUUCAUUUCAUACUUUGAAGAAGUGGGUAAAAGAAUUAAAAGAACAUGGUCCAGAAAACAUUGUAAUGGCCAUCGCUGGAAACAAAUGUGAUCUUUCUGAUAUCAGGGAGGUACCUAUGAAGGAUGCCAAAGAAUAUGCAGAAACUAUUGGUGCAAUUGUUGUUGAAACCAGUGCAAAGAACGCAGUUAACAUUGAGGAACUCUUUCAAGGAAUCAGUCGACAAAUUCCACCCUUGGACUCUCAUGAAAAUGGUAACAAUGGAGCAAUCAAACUUGGAAAGCAGACUACACAAAUGAAUAGGCGAUGCUGCUGACCCAACUUGUUCUGUUUUGAUAUUACUUGAAAAAAAUAAUACCAUUUGCUUAUUCAUUGAGCAAAGGGAGACUUCAUGAUCUCAGUGACAUGGCACCUUGUCUUGAAAGCAACAGUACUCCAUGUGAGUAAUAAUGCAAGGAUUGGGAGCAGAAAUUUUUUUUCUUUAAAAGAAUUUGGCAAAACCUAGGUUGAAAGUCCUCCCUACCAUCCUGGCCAACAUUACAGUGUUAAAUUAAUCCAAUCCUUUUUUUUUUUAAGCCAGUGACUGUUGAUCUUUUUUUUUUUUUUUUUUCAAAUAAACGGACCUCUUCUUAUGCAAGCUUUAGAGUUGCUGCAAAAAUUCUGCUUUCUACAAUGCAGAGCGGACUUAGUGUUUUUAAUUGAUCUGUAUAGUAAUGUAGUGCAUAUGAUAUGGAGCCUAAACAUUUGUCUGCAUACUUCUCAGCCUUCUCUUACAGGAAGACUAUGUUCCUAGAACUUUGCUAGGAUUAUAGCUUCAUCAGAAGAUUUUUUAUCAGCCAUCAGCAGGACAUGGAUUGAUGACUAAUUAAAAACAUGGAUCAAAGUGUCAGAUUUCAAAUGUUAUGGGUUAUGAGUCAGGGAAGAAUUCAGCCCAGUUUGUGCUACUGGGAGACCUAGUUGCAACCAUCUGCAUUUAUCUGAAGGAUGGAAUUCCCGUAAAAAGGAACUGUUUGGGGUGACUAAGCAGACAGAUUUCAUAUUCUGUUCCAGAAAGAAACUACAUCCUACCUACUGGAUUUAGUCCAAAUUUACUCCCUUUCCAGGACUUAGGCUUUAUCAAUAACUGAAGUUACAAGAAUAUAAAAUUGAUCAAAAAUUGGCUGCUUCUAAAGUUCUUGUGGAUGCCCCUCUAUCCCCUGUCCCCAAACCCAGCCUUCUCUCUUACCACCAUGAAGAAGGAAUCCAACAUCCUCUCCCACCAGGUUUUCAAGUGUUAAUGAAUUCAGUAGAAGAAUAUUAGUACCCCAUUCAAAUGGUAAAGGGAGUACAGUAUAAUUUGGGGUCAUGGGAUGAAAUUAAGAAACAUUCUGAUUUUCCUGGAGAUGAGAUCUGUUCAAUUGUGGAGUAUGGGAAGUCGUACAAAACACUCAUUGCUUGAUAUACUUGUAACUAAACCAAAUGAAGCACCUGAAAACAGUGUAGAGAGAAGUCAGCUAUUGGAAAUUAUGAACUAGAUGAUCUAAGACAGAGAUGCCCAGACUAUGGUUUGCAUGCCAUGCAUGGUUCCUGGGCAGCUGAACUGCAGCUCCUGAAGCAGGGGCACUGUGCACAGAUAAUUGAUUGUGGGGCAUGUACAUCUUCAAAGCUUGUUUUUCUAUGGCUCUUAGCUGGUUCAAGAUUUUUGUUUGUGGCUACAAGGGCUAGGACAUUGGACCACCUUGAUUUAAAACAUGUAGGUCUCUUCCAUUUCUAUGUUUUCCAUAUCUGUGAUCAACAGAGUAGUUGAAUUAUAAAAAUCUAUGGAAAAGAGGGAAAAGGUAAAGCAGAAACAAGGUAAGUAAAAAAAAAAAAAGGUACAGAAACAAAUCCAAAUGGCAUUCCACAACAUUAUAACUUUUAUAUAUAUAUAUAUAUAUAUAUAUAUAUAUAUAUACACACACACACACACACACAUACACAUACACACAACAUUUCUCCUGUUAAUGCAGUUGUGGAGAAUUGAUUUGCAAAGUAACCAAAAGAAGAAAAUUAUUUCCAACUAAGGAGAGUGUAUAAGUAAUUUAUAGGCAGGUUGUAGCUGGAUUUACAUAGUUAUGCAAAAAAGGACUUAAAAUGUUUUGUUGAGGGUGCGGAGAUGCUACUAGUUAUUUAGGGCCUGAACCAAAGCCUAGUGAAGUCAGUGGGCAUCUUGUCAUUGACUUCAUGGGGCUUGGAUCAUGAUCUUAAUCAUUAUAGUCGUAAAGUUGCAGAUCAACAACACAAAUGAGUACUUUCGCUGAGUGAAGCCGAGUUCUCACUUAGUGGAAAAGGACAGCGUCCGCAACUUGGUAAUAGGACUAUAUUGUGAGGCUAUUUAACAAGCAUUUUUUUUUAAACUGUAUAAAUAAGUUUUGUGCUAAGCAUUUUAUAUUAUUUGCGCAUAAAACUUCUUAAAUUUUUUUUCAUAGAUGUGGUUUACUUUAUUUUCCCAUGACAUCUCAAAACCCAUUAAAAUGAGUUUAGGAUAACUGUAAUAUUCUUCAGGCAAUUCUUCAAUUACAUUAUAAUCUCCAGUUUAAAUGAGGGUUAAUAUCUGAUGCAAAUCUAUGGAUUUUGCAUUAUACUGAGUAACCAUCUUUCACAGCUACCAUGGAACAGAUGCAUGUACAUGGAUCAGAAACAACUAUGAAGUUUUUCAUUAAAUGAUUUCAAAUUAGAAAUUAUAGUGACAGUUUUACUGGCUGAAAGAGACUUUCAAGAUGUAAUAUUGAAAAAGCAGGUUCGUAGCAGAUAUGUUUAUGCUUUAACAGGCCAAAUCCUAAAGUCCUUAUUCUGUUUUUAGUUAAGUCAAUAAAGAUCUUGAGUGAAUAGAAUUAAAGUUGUGGUCAGUUGUGUUUUGAGGAAGCUCCUAAGUCACAAUGCAAGAAUAGCAAGCCACUCUAAAACAUAUAAGAGCUACGGUUUUCUUUGGGUACAAGACUAACCUUCAAUUGUUUUUACUUCACAACCAGCUUUUUCCCAAAGUGCCAGCUUACUAUCUUUCAAAUCCUGAUUCCAACUUUCCCAUUUUUAUUGGUGAUUGAUUAGGGAAUGUUUUGCCAUUCUCCAUAAGUGCUCCAGAAAUUAUAUGAUACCAAAAAUUAACACAGAAUCAUAAAUCUGUACAGUAACCAUAUUUCUUACCAGUCUGAGUAGUUAAUGGCUUCUUUUUAAAAAAAUAAGCAAAUAACUGCAGUACUGAAGUUGUUUGAAUCUGUAGCUGUCCUGCUUUAAUAACAAUUAAAGCAUUUCUACACUGGCCAUUGAGACAAGUAGUUUCUCCAGGAAAGCCAGUAGUAGGGCCGAUGCAUAAACAAUAAUUAGAGUAGGCUAUAUGGAGACUCUCUUUUCCUCCUCAAGUUCUAAGUGACAUUCUUUUCGGUAUGUCAAAAAACUAGUUACUUACUUAAUUCAUUUCCAUAUGUGCUGUGUGUAUAUGUAUAUAUAAAAUAGGUUUAUAUUUUGUUAUACUGACAUGUAGUACUUUUUCACUGGUGAUGUCUGGUUCACAUAUACUACAUAUUGUAUACUGUAAGUAUGUAUUUUAUUAGUGAUCAUUUUUCCUUUAUUAAUUUUUAAGGCUGAAGACCAAAAGUAGCAACAAGAUGCGGAUAUAUUAGGUACAUUGCUGACUUGGCAACUGAUAGCAUUAAUAUUACAUAUUAUUGAAUGCGAGUUUGUCUGCAGAAUGAGAAGUCUAGAGAAGCUGUUACCCAUUAACUGGCACCUGCUGAUGUAAAAGUCAUGCUCCAGAAAACAAGAUUAAUUAGGGAUUAUUUUUCUUUCUGAUACAGGUCAGUCUGAAGUGCUGCAUCAUAAUGUCUACAUCAGCAUUUCCCAAAUUUUGCAGUGCACCUCUGGAGGUGCAAGUGUGAAUCACAGCAGCAUUUAGCUCUUAAAACUCCCUACUUCAGCUGCCACUUCUCUCACCCCAGUUAUGCCCACUUCUGACUGCCAGUAGUGAGGGGAAUUGGUGGUAAUCAGUGGUAGGGGAAACUGACUGCAAAGGAAGCAGUAGUGACUGAUGAAGCAGAGUGGUGUAACAAUGCCUGACUUUCCUUCUGGGUUUAUGCCCCACUGCGGUAAACACUGGUACACAUCAUUUAAUAGUUAAAACUACCUAUCAUUAUGUCCCCAUUUUAUGUUGCUUUUCAGUGCACGUGAUUAAUGCAGUUAGAUAGCUAAUACAUGAGAGUGCCCUGACUUGUAAUCAGACCUUUUUAGUACAUUAACUUAAUAUUUUACUCUACUACCCUUAAUAAUUUAAACCAGAUCCAGUGAUCAAAUGUCAGUGUGAAGUUGUGUGCUAAGUAAUAUCACUCUGUUUUUUGUUUAUGUAAGGGCUUUGACUGGGCUGGACCCAUUGGCUUCAUGUAUGGGAUGCUGCAAUUUGUUAAUACUUUAUCUUCUGUUUUACAUAUGAAUUGUAUGAUAUCUAAUAAGAUUUUGCCUAAAAUGUAGUUUUGUUUUAUUUAACCUACAGUGAUUAAGGCUAAUAAAUAUUUUAAAUACUUUUGAUUUCAAAA